GACAGGAGGACACACACACAUCUGACGAGGAGACUUAAAUGUUAUGUGCGAGGAAAAUCUUUUUAAUCUCUGAUCUCUUGGAUUAUUCCGCCGAUGGGCAGGAUUUAGCCUCUGUCGUUUUUGCGGUUUCUGGACACUUUUACGCACCAUUUUAGCGCGCUCUUAUUUGCGCCCUUGGCAUUUACAUGAUGGAUUGAACACUUAUUAGUUUUAGCCAAUUAUUUUGUGAUUUGUACUCUCUGAACAACUGUGAAGUAAUAAUGGACUCGCAUCAUGCUAAAUGAUGAUGAUAGUUUGGUCCCUGGAGCGCGCAGCAGCCGUACACUGGAUUAAGAGCCUUCCCACCUAUUUAUCCUCCUGAGACAAUUUUGACCUGUUUUCCCCUGUUAUUGACGCGCUAGCUGGGAUGGAAAGGGAGCUGAGACCCAGGCUUUGUUUCCUGACCAAAGGAGAGCUCGGCUAUGGGUUUCAUCUGUACGGUGAGAGGAAUAAAGGCGGACAGUUCAUCCGCAAAGUGGAGCCCGGCUCCUCUUCUGACAUGGCCGGGCUGCGAUCAGGAGACCGGGUGGUGGAGGUGAACGGGGAGAAUGUGGAGAACGAAACCCACCAUCAAGUUGUGGACCGCAUCCGUGAGGUGGCCCACCGCACCAGGCUACUGGUGGUGGACAGAGACACGGACGACUACCUCCGCAGCUGUGGCCUGGCCUGCACAGAGGACCUGGCCAUAGAGAUGGGAACCCUCUCCCCGCAGCCUUCGCCCGCGCCCACCCCUUCUACCUCACCCUCACCCAGAGAGAACUCACCCAUGUCACCAAAACCCAAUUGCACACACUCAUUUUACCCUCCUGCUGCAGACUCGUCCACACACAUCAUCACACAAGAUAAGGCCAAGAGAUCCUCGGUAACAUCAAGUACAGCUACAGACACAGAGUUGCAGGAGCAGUCCUCACCAGAGCUCUUUCCCCGUCUGUGUCACCUGGUGAAGGGGGAGCACGGCUACGGCUUCAACCUGCACAGCGACAAGACGAAGGGUGGACAGUUUGUGCGUUCAGUGGACCCCGGCUCAGCUGCUGAGAGUGCAGACAUCAGGCCCGGAGACAGACUAGUGGAGGUGAACGGAGUGAACAUAUCGGGCCAGAGGCACUCAGAGGUGGUGGCUCUCAUUAGAGAAGGAGGGGAGGAAGUGCGCUUCCUAGUGGUCGACCAGGAGACGGACGAGCUCUUUCAAAGACUGAGGAUGACACCCACCGCCAGCCAUGUCAAAGAGGUCUAUCUGGAUGAAUCACUUACAGAAAGCGACCCACCCACCCCCUCUCCAACCACGGAACUCCCUACCACAGAUCCACCAAUCAUAAACGUCACGCUGACAGACUCCCCGAUCACAAAUACGUCUUCAAAAUCCAGAACCAAUGGGAGUUUAGUAUCUCAGUCCUCGAGAAGUUCCACCACCCAAUCAGAGAUCAGCAGCUCCGACAUGAGCAUCCAGGUUCAUGAUGAGGACGACAGGCGUGUUUCGGACCCUUUCAUGGACAGUGGCCUGCGUCUGAGUCCCACAGCUGCUGAGGCUAAACAAAAGGCCCUGGCAGGUCGCAACAAGAAGAGAGCACCUGUUAUGAACUGGAGCAAGAAGCAAGAGAUCUUCAGCACCUUGUGACCACAGAACACAAGGGGAGAAAAGAGAAGAACGGCAUUGAACGAGGAAUCAUUUCUUUAUUAUAAGAACUGUACCUUGAUCUUGCAGAGGCACAAUAAAAGAAAGAGUAAAGUGAAAAAGAAAAAGAGGCAGGUAGAAACAUUCAUAGUAAUAUUUUUAGAUUUUGCUCUGUGUAAAACUACAUUGAAAGAUAUCAUAUAGUAUUCUCCAAAUGCUUAUUUUACAGUAUAUUUAAGGACAAAGACAUGUUCCGAGAUUGUGUCCUAAAUCUUACAAUACACUGAAUUAAACAAUUUCAUAAAUGACUGCUAGACUCAUCCAUGCUAGUGCCUGGUCACUACAGUGUUUCUCUUUAGUAAAUCAUAGUCAUUUCAGAGUCAUAACUAUAACAGCCUAUAUGCACUCUGUCUGAUGUUUCUGUACAUAUACUUUUCUGUUGUAACUUUGAUAGAUUAUAUUUGUUGAAGUAAUAGUUUCAUGUCUUUUCAAUUUACAAUGAGUGUAAAUACAGAGGAAAUGGUUGAGGCAAAGUGAAAUGUUUAAUGUUGGAACACCUCAGUGCUUCUCUUCAAUGUUAAAGUGAUUUCUGUAAAGGAAAAUAUUGAAAAGACAGUUGGUUGGCUAUAAAACUGUAGACCCUCUGAUCUGUUGUUAUAGCUUUUUGAGGUUUUUUCUCUAAAAUGGGCUUGGUUGAAACUUCUCACAAUGUGAAAUGAACUUUUAGAAUAAAUGUGUAAAUGCCACAGUAGAAUGUCAGUUAUCAAUAUGUGAAAAUAACCAUAACUUGGGUGAGCAUUUGUCUAUUCAUGUUACUGUUUUGACCUAUCAUUAGGACCUGCAGAGGGUAUCAGGCUGUGCCGUCUGACAUGGCUUAUGGCUUGAGCCUUGCCCCGACCUUGACAGUGUAUCAUAGUAGUCUGACCUACUUAACCCCACUGGCUCGAUGGGCAGCUGGGGCCAAAAGAAUAUGGUUACAAUAUGAUGUUGUGUGGGAGUGUAAGAGUGCAGGAAAAUCUACAGUGUCACCUGGUGACAUCAUCAGUUAGCACCAUGCUAGCUAGAUAAACAACAACCAGCUAACAAGAUAAGCUAACUAGCAUGUUGCUAUCUAUCACUGACAGCAUGCUGCUCAACCAAGCAGUGGUGGAAAGCAACUAAGAACAUUUGCUAAACUUAAAAGGGACAGAUAAACACAAAAUAUCAAAAAUACAUAUUUUUCCUCUUACCUGUGGAGCUGUUUAUCUAUCUACUCAUGGAUGCUAGGUAGCUAACGUUACAGCUCAGCAGUAGAGGAUGCCAUUAAUGUUUACAUCUCACACAGCCUCAUUUUUGUUGCUUAUACUUUUAAUGAAGUAAAAUGUUGAAUGCAGGACAUGUGAGUAUUUUUACAGUGUGAUAUUGUUACUUUUACUCAAGUAAAAUGUACCCACCAAGCAACAAUCACCUUCUGCUACCUCACCUUAGCAGGUAACAAAGCAGGCACUCCUGUCUACAAAGUUAGCAGCUAACAGCAUCAGCUUAAAACAUGCUAGUCCUGAUGAAUAAUUAUCUUCUUUUUUUUCAAUUUGUUUUUGUUAAUGACAUAAAAACUGCAAUAAACAUUACAAACUUAACAAAUAUUAAAACAAUUUGGGAAGAAAAACACAAAUAAAAAAGAAGCUGGUGUGACGAUAUUGUGUAACAUCGCCACCCGUCUGUCGACUAACCUGAUUAUUUUGUUUACAAGACAUGGUAUUCUCAACAUACUGUGUGCUUCUGUUUGCAAGUGACCUGCAAAUGUACCAAUGAUGAAAUUCUAUUCAUAUCAGAUCCUAUAGUUGUUUUUGGCCACCAGGAGCACCAUUUAGUGUCUCCCUUUCCCAGACUGCAACAGUACAUCCUGGAAUAUGAACAAAAGGCCAAAUAAUGACACCUACAGAACAGGAAAAGCCUGUUUAUAUCAGUUUAUAGGCUACAGCAGCUUUAAAAUAGGGACAUGCACAAUAAAGGCAAAUAGAUGUUAUCUUCAACACCUGUGUCCUAUUUCUUUUUUAUCUCUCUAAACAAUGCCUGCUUUCAAAGAAUGUUUGUAUCAGAUGCAAAAACUCUCCCUCUAUACUGUAUGUGAUGGUUUGCUUUAUAGAAUUAUCUGAAUACAGCGGUGAUAUUUUGAUAUUUAGGAUGGAGACAGUGACAGAAAAGUAAGGAAAUCUCAACACAGGGAUUUUCCUGCACUCACUCUGCCCACCUCCACCCUGAGUGUCAAGGGUAACACGUAAUAUCACGGUAGGAUGAAAAGAUUAUCUGUGCUGUUACAGAAGCCUGUAAUUAUGUUGCAGGAGAAUUAGAUCUGUGGUUUGUGGGAGAUUUCUGACAGACAGUCACAUUGUGCAUGUGGUCUCAAAAUAGCUGUGGAUAAUGAC